AUGGCUGUCUCGGGCUCACACCGGAAGGAAGUAUUUCGAUUAUGAGGAGAGGUGGUUGUUUUGGAUCCGACACGGCUGGAGCGUGAGCGGGUAGCUGAGGUGAACAGACAGGGACAACCAUGGGGGUGCCCAAAUUCUACCGGUGGAUCUCGGAGCGGUAUCCCUGCCUCAGUCAGGUGCUGAAGGAACAUCAGAUUCCAGAAUUUGACAACUUGUACCUGGACAUGAAUGGCAUAAUUCAUCAGUGCUCACACCCCAAUGAUGAUGAUGUUCACUUCAGAAUCUCUGAAGACAAGAUCUUUGCUGAUAUAUUUCACUACUUGGAAGUACUGUUUCGUAUUAUUAAGCCAAGAAAAGUUUUCUUUAUGGCAGUUGAUGGAGUAGCUCCAAGAGCGAAAAUGAACCAGCAACGUGGCAGACGUUUUAGGUCAGCAAAAGAGGCAGAGGACAAAAUUAAAAAGGCAUUGGAAAAAGGAGAAGUUCUUCCUACAGAGGCCAGAUUUGAUUCCAAUUGCAUUACACCAGGGACUGAGUUCAUGGCCAGAUUGCAUGAACAUCUGAAGUAUUUUGUAAACAUGAAGAUUUCUACAGACAAAUCUUGGCAGGGAGUAACUAUCUACUUAUCAGGACAUGAGACUCCAGGAGAAGGAGAACAUAAAAUUAUGGAAUUUAUUAGAUCAGAAAAAGCAAAACCUGACCAUGAUCCAAAUACAAGGCACUGUCUGUAUGGUCUAGAUGCGGACUUGAUUAUGCUUGGAUUAACAAGCCAUGAGCCAAAUUUCUCCCUUUUGAGAGAAGAGGUCAGAUUUGGUGGCAAAAAGUCACAAAGAGCGUGUGCUCCCGAAGAAACCACUUUUCAUCUUUUGCACUUGUCAUUAAUGAGAGAAUAUAUUGACUAUGAAUUUUCACCAGUUAAAGACAAGCUCCCAUUUAAAUAUGAAGUUGAAAGCAUAAUAGAUGAUUGGAUCUUAAUGGGCUUUCUUGUUGGAAAUGAUUUUAUCCCUCAUCUACCUCAUUUACAUAUUAACCAUGAUGCACUGCCAUUACUUUAUAGAACAUACAUGGCUGUAUUGCCUGAUCUUGGAGGUUAUAUUAAUGAAAGUGGGCAUCUCAACUUACAGCGUUUUGAAAAAUAUCUUACAAAAUUGUCAGAUUUUGAUCGUGAACAUUUCAGUGAAAUCUUUGUAGAUCUCAAGUGGUUUGAAAGCAAAGUGGGCAAUAAAUACCUGAACGAAGCUGCUGGAAUCGCAGCUGAAGAAUCAAAAAAGCAAAAGAAACACAAGGCUCAGGAAAACGCUAUGUUCUUGGCUGCUUUAGAGAAAACUGACAAUGGGGUUGUAGCAGCUUCUAAAACUGUGUUAGAGGAUGAGACAGAAGAUGAUGAUUUGUUUGAGACCGAAUUUCGGCAGUACAAAAGAACUUACUAUAUGACAAAGAUGGGUGUAGAAGUAGUUUCAGAUGAUUUUCUGGCUGAUCAGGCAGAGUGUUACAUCCAGGCAAUACAGUGGAUAUUGCAUUACUACUACCAUGGGGUUCAGUCAUGGAGCUGGUACUAUCCCCACCAUUAUGCACCUUUCCUAUCAGAUAUCCACAAUAUCAGUAAACUGAGGAUUCAGUUUGAUUUAGCGAAACCGUUCAUGCCAUUUGAACAGCUUCUUGCGGUACUUCCAGCAGCUAGUAAAGAUCUGUUACCUAAAUGCUACCAGCAUUUGAUGACCAGUGAAGAGUCUCCCAUUGUUGAAUAUUACCCAACAGAAUUUAAAACAGAUCUAAAUGAAAAGCAACAAGAAUGGGAAGCUGUAGUUUUAAUCCCAUUUAUUAAUGAGAAACGAUUGUUAGAAGCAAUGAAUCCUUCAAGUAUGUUGUUGACAGAAGAAGAAAGGCAAAGAAAUAGGCACAGCGAGUGCUUGAUGUACUUGUAUGACAGAGAUACAGAGUUCCAAUAUUUAUCACCGUGGCCAGAGAAGUUCCCUUCCAUAGAAAAGUGUCAUGCAAGGGUUAAAGCUAUAUCUUUGGAUACUUGGCGUGUAGAUAUAUCUCAUAAUAAAAUAACUAAAGUGGAUUUCGGGAAGCUGUAUUUCUGUGGCUUUCCUACUUUGAAGCACAUUAAACAUAAGUUCUAUCCUAAAAGAAGUGGGGUACAAGUAUUUCAACAGAGCAGCCAUGGAGAAAAUAUGCUGUUAGAAAUAACAGUUCCUGAUGAAGAUUCAAAGGAACUGAGUAUCGAAAAUGUUGCCAGUCUGGUGCUAGGAAAAUCAGUCUUUGUAAAUUGGCCACACCUGGAGGAAGCAAGAGUUGUUGCUGUAUCAGAUGGUGAAACAAAGUUUAAUUUGGAAGACCCUCCUGGAACACAGAAACUUUAUAUAGAAAAUGCUGUGCCACCAACUAAAGCAUCAUAUGUUGGAGAUAAAGAGCGGAAUAUAUGGAUAAAAGAAAUACAGGGGAUCUCAGAACACUACCAGAGAAGAAAAGGUGUAAUUAUAAAUGAGACCUCUGUAAUUAUAUAUGCACAGUUACUCACUGGGCGUAGAUACCGGUUGAAUCAAGGUGGGAAAGUAUGUUUGGAAAAACAGUGGUCCAAGCAAGUUCUGCCUUUUGCAUAUCAAACAAUUGUCAAGGAUAUAAAAGCUUUUGAUUCCCGCUUCUCUAAGAUCAAAACUUUGGAUGACCUGUUCCCUGUUGGCUGUACCGUCUUCAUGCUGGGAACACCUUACUAUGGGUGCACAGGAGAAGUUCAGGAUUCAUGUGAUGUGAUCUCAGAAGGUAGAAUUCGUGUUGUUUUCAGUAUUCCAUGUGAACCACAACUGGAUGCCUUAAUACAGAAUCAGCACAAAUAUUCUGUGAAGUACAAUCCUGGAUACAUUUUGGCUUCUCAUCUUGGUGUGAGUAGCUAUCUUGUGUCUAGGUUUACAGGAAGCAUUUUUAUUGGACGAGGAUCCAGAAAAAAUCCGCAUGGGGACCAUAAAGCAAAUGUGGGCCUGAACUUAAAAUUCAAUAAAAAGAACGAAGAAGUCCCUGGAUAUACUAAGAAAGUUGGAAGUGAGUGGAUGUAUUCUUCUGCAGUAGAACAACUUCUUGCUGAAUAUAUAGAAAGGGUCCCAGAACUUUUCAGCUACAUAGCGAAAAACAGUCAGGAAGAUAUAUUCUAUGAAGAUGAUAUUUGGCCUGGUGAAGAAGAGAAUGGUGCUGAGAAAGUUCAAGAAAUCAUUGCAUGGCUAAAAGCUCAUCCUGUGAGCACUCUUUCUCGUUCUUCUUGUGAUUUACAAAUUCUGGAUGCUGCUAUUGUUGAGAAGAUUGAAGAAGAAAUAGAAAAGUGCAAGCAAAGAAAAAGUAAUAAGAAAGUACGUGUGACUGUGAAACCCCACUUGUUAUACAGACCUUUAGAACAGCAACAUGGAACAAUACCAGACCAAGAUGCAGAAUAUCGACUGUUUGACCGUGUUGUGAAUGUAAGAGAGAACUUUUCAGUUCCUGUUGGUCUUCGUGGUACCAUAAUUGGAAUUAAAGGAGCUAGCAGAGAAUCUGAUAUGCUGUAUGAAGUACUAUUUGAUGAAGAGUUUCAUGGAGGCUUAACAGUCAGAUGCUCAGCAGCCAGAGGGUACCGCAUGCCAGCCAGUGCCUUAAUUAAUCUUUCUUAUGGCCAUCGGUCUGAAACAGGAAACCAGAAGCUAACAGCCAUAGUCAAACCCCAGCCAGCUGUGAGUCCCUACAGCUCAUGUUCAUCUGAAUCAUUUUCUGUGUCUUCGCAAACAGCACAUCUAGGAGGCCUCAACCAUUCCCCUCGUUCCCUCUUUGUUCCAACUCGACAGUUGAAUGGACGGCAGCAAAACAGUCUCAAGUCUGAAAAUCAGAACCCCAGUUCUCUCCAGAAAGGAGCAUAUUUAGGUGGCAAUCAAAAAUACAAAGCUCACAAUAAACAAGAUGAUGAAUUUUGCAGCAUUUGGCAAUCAUUGCAAAGCUCUGGAAAGUCACAGCCUGCCCAGCAAAACAGACAUGAGAAGGGUGGAAUUGUGCCUCAGUAUAUAAAGCUAAAUGCAAGUGGCCACUUCUGUAAACCAGGCUUCAAUGAGAGUAGCUUCAAAGGCCAGCAAAGAAAGCAAGAGGCAUUUAAAAAAUCCAAAGAAGAUCCUAAAGGUCCAAGAAAUGAAGGUCAAUCACAUAAAAUAACAAAUAAACCAAAUUUUCCAGGUACUAAUAAAUGUAAUGUGAAGCUUUUAAAGAGAAAUGAAGGUCCAAAUAUACCAGUAGAACAAAAGCCUGCAGUUGAUAGUGCCAGUAUAACUGAGAAGGUACAAAAUGGAUCUGAACUUGAAAGUCUUCUGGCAUCUUUGAAAAUUUCCAAAGAAAAGGAAGUGCAAUCAAUUUAUUCCAAGGAACCGACAAAUGAAGAACACUUAUCUCCUCAGUCUUUUGCUAUGAAAGGAACCCAGAUGCUCAAGGAAAUUUUAAAGAUAGAUAGUUCUGACGCAACAGAAACUAAGCCAGUGAUUAAAGAAGCUUCAACUUGUAAGCAGGAUUCCUAUGGACCUGCCUCACAACAGAGACAUACAAAAAAGAUGGCUGCUUUCAUGAACAAAUCCCCAAUCGCAGGAGGGCCUCAGAACACUCACACAAUGGAAGCUGGAGGCCACCCUCUCUUUGGAUCACCAGGCUCAUUAUCUACACCAGUGUCUGAGCUUUCUCGUAUCUGUUCUCUUGUUGGAAUGCUGCAGCCAGAGUUCUCAUUGCUUAGAACUCCACAGACAAUGACAGUUUGUCAAGUGAAGCUGUCUAAUGGCUUAUUAAUACAUGGACCUCAGUGUCAUUCUGAAAAUGAAGCCAAAGAGAAAGCUGCACUUUUUGCUUUACAACAGUUGAGCUCUGUUGGAAUGAACUUCCCUUUGCCACCACCUCCAGUAUUCCCAAAUUAUCAGCAAAUGGGAGCCCUUGUGCCACCUGGAUUCAUUCCUCCAGUCUUCACUCAGCACACUCCUAAUAUAUUUCCUUCACCAUCUCAUGCAUUUGGCCCAGUGCCAUGGGGAGCACCAGUCCCAGUUCAUGGCAAACCUUAUUAUCCUGGCAAUAUGCCACUAGCAGGCACUGUUCCAGUUGGCACACACAACCAGUUUAUACCUUUGCAGGUAACUAAAAAAAGGGCUGCUAGCAAGAUGCAUUUUGACUCUAAGGAUUUCUCAGGUACACUUCAAGAUGUGCAGUUAAAGAAUGAACAGCCAGUGUCUUCUGACAAUACAAAAUUGAAUCCACAUGAUGCUGCUUCAGAUUCUUUAAGAUGUCCUCAAACUGCUCAACCCAUGCUUUCUGUUCAAGAGAAAAUGGCUUCUCCAAGUCUCGGUGCAUCUCAUAAAAAAUCAAUGCCAAAUGUUUCCAUCAAGCGAAAGCCAAGAAAAUUGGCUGUCAAUUUUGAUGUAUCCAAAUCUUCAGAAUAAGGAUGGUAGAUGGAUGAUUUUAUUUUUCUCUUUCCCUCAGUGUUAUAAAAUCAGUAAAUACUACUUUGAAUUUUAGGCAUAAUAAUUUGAAGGAUAUUUGAAUUGUUAAUCUCUACUGUCGAUUACAGUUUUUUUAAGAAGUAUGUCUGCUACAGAGCUUAAUUUGACAUGAUAAAAGCCAGGAAACUUUGUAUUAAGAUCACUAUACUAUCCAUUGUGCCUGGGUCUCUAAAAAGUAGCUUUUAUGUACUGUCCCAGGAGAGGAGCAAUAAUAUUGACAUGGCAGUCCUAAUUCAGAAUUGCCUCCUUUUAACCAAGAGAUGAGAGGCUUCAGUUAAUAUUUAGCAUGAUGGUUUAUAUUUGUCUUCUUUUAAAUUAUGAUGUCAUUACUUCUAAAAACUGAUUUAUAUGUAGCCCGAAUAUUUUCUCCUUAUUUCGAAGUCUCUUUUGAUCUGAUAAAGUGAGAAUAGAAUUUAACUAUUGUGGUGCUGGCAGGUUUGCUUUAUAUAGAUAGAUUGGUUGGAGUUAUGCCAAAGCAGCCGCUCAGAAUACUGUAUAGAACUAUUGUCUUAUUGUGAGUCUUAACUAAAAUGGCACCAUGAAUGAUUCAUUGACAGAGAAAAGCAGAGUAAAUGCUUCAGAUUAUUUAUAUAAUAGUAUAAAUGUGAAUAUGUAAAGAGGCACCCACAUAAUUUACAAGUUGCAGUUUGACUAAGGCUGCUAAUUAACCAUCACAUAGUUUUCACUGCAGAUGGAGAACGGUCUCUAAAAUAAAAAUUCUUUCACAGGCUCUAGUACUUCUGUAACAAUAUAUACACACUGAAUCUGGUAUAUACGGCCAUGAUUCCUAAAAUAAUGUAGUUUUUGUAUGAGUAAUUUUCUCUAUUAUUCGAAGUUAAUGUGUGUGUGUCUUUAGGCUAGUAGGUUUGAAUUUUACAGUUUUCUUAGGAAGAUGGCAGACAACCCAGUCUCACUCAAAGACUCAACCCUUACCUUGGUUCCACUGUGCUGCCUUCUUGUAAUCUAAUGUUUUACAACACCAUCCAUGCUUUAUGUUCUGUAGAAGUAAAAUAUUAAUGUGAGGGGUACCAUUUUACCAGCAAACUUCAAUGUUUAAAGAAUCACAAUUUUAUUUUUUAGCCAUUAGUGAUCUUAAGGCUUCACCUUUGUUGUUGGCAACUAGGCCUCACUCCAGGCAUCACAUCUUACUUUUAACGAGCAGAGAUUAUUCUUUAUGUGAGAAAAAUGCCUGUGAGUGUAUCUUUAUCCUGGGGUAAUAUAUCCAGCAUCUAAGUGUCCCUGUAUGAACUCAAUGCAGGAAAGGUCCUAGAACCAUUUUUUGCAAGAUAAUGGGAAAGUUAUUUUCAGAUAUGCAGAUUUUUUUUUAUAUCACAAAUAAUUCCAUCACCAUUCAUUUAAAAGUAAAGUGCAUUGCAAUAGGGGAAUUGGCCAGGCCCAUAACCAGGAUUGUUUUGUUUGAGGGCAUUUAAAAUUUUAGGGGGGUAGUCCAUCUCAGCAGUAGAGGGGAAAUGUGAGACUUGACAGCCACAUCAUAGAGACCUUUGGUUUGGAAGGGACAAGAGGGGGAGUGUAAGUUAAAUUAGCAAAUAAAAAUCCAAAUACCACCAUCAACAGAGAAGCAAAACAACCUUAGGCACCAGCAAGGCAGACGGAUCCCAGUUACAAAAGAGCUGGUGAACAGAAAGCUAAGAGAGGUGCAAAAGAUCUGGUAGCUAAGGAGUGGUCUAGGAUAUUGGCAGCAAGCAGUGGUGGGCUAGUCAACUUGGAAGGCACAGAACGGGAAAAGAAGAGGGAAAGAGUUGAAGGAUGGAGAAAGGUGCCAUUGAAGCUAGAAGCAGCUCAGCAAAGAGGAAGAGAAACGUCUCUUGUAGUAUCUGCCAGAAUACAGCCAGCUCCCACCUUUCUCCCUUGCCUCUUUCUGCACUUCCCUUUUGCCCAUCUCAAAGGUUCCCCUCUUCAUCUCCCAGCAUGCAGUGCAUUGUGAUGGGCAGGGCCUUGCAAUCACCAUAGCAACUGCUUUCCUGGAGCUAAACCCGGGGAGGGAACUGCUGUUGUGAGUCUUGUGCAGCUGGAGCCUCAAGCCCAGUGCUCCUCUGGCAUUGCUUCACCUCUGAAUGUAAUUGUCAAUGGGUUGGGCAGCAGCCCUUAAAGAAUGGCAGCACCAGGUGGAGGUAGUUACCUUUUAAAAAGAAGGUUUCCAGCAUGGCUAUUUGUGAGGCGUGGUUUUGAAUUAAGGUGUGGCGCCUCCAGAUGCCCCAAAUUGGUAAUCUAUUGUGUAACUCAGUACACAGUCCUUAGAUCAACAGUGAAUGCUGUCAUGGAGAUUAAUGGAAAUAAAUUUAAAUUGGCUGGAUCAUUCUAGGGUUGUCACUCCUCAGGUAGGGCUGGGGGAUGCCUUAUCUUCAGCUUAUUUUUCAGAUAGUGGCUCUGAGCUGUAGCAAGAGAAAAAAAAAUUCAAAAUGGCCAUUGUGCUGCUGACAUGAUGUCGUGGAUCUCUAGUAGUUGCCAGAAACUAUGGUAAAACCUUAGAGAGGAAUUUAAUACUCAUAGAGAUGUUGGCAACUGUGACAUUAUUUCCUGGUUUUCCACAUAACUGUCACUUAUGUUCCCCAGUCUUUCACUGGUUGCCAAGCUAGACCUGGCAAGCCUGAGCCCCAUAUAUCCAUUCAUUAGCUCUAUAUGACUGCCACAGUACAUUCAUUAAUAUAGCCCUCCAGGUGUUUUUUGCCCAGUCUUGAAAGAGAAGAUGAAUGUGAUGAAUAAACUGUUUUAUUUACCCAUACAUUGGAUAAACUCCUAAAUGUUUUCAUUAUAUGGCAUGCCUAGGGAUAUCAUUUUAAUCCAGGGGCAGAAAUCUCUUAUAUACUACAUUUCCUAAGUUUAUUAUAGAUUCUUCUGUCAGCACACUAGUAAUGGAGGUACCUAAGGAGGGUUUGUGAAGGGUAACUAUUUGAAAACCAGCUACAACAUCAUAUUGAUCUGGUUUUUAUCAGCUUUUUUUCACACCAGAACUUCAUGUUUUUAGAAAUGACAAGUGUUCAUCUGGUUCCUUUCUAUACUCUGCAUUGUAUGUAUUUCACAGAUUAUUUUCUCUGUUCAUUUGCAGAUUCAGUAUUAUUUUCCUUACAAGUGGUGCCCAGUUUUUAGAUAUAUAAUCUAUAAUAAAUAAUUGGUUUCUGACAUUUUGUUCACAAAUUCAGCUGGAUUUUUUUAUAAAUGUAUAUUGCUCAUUUCUCUCAAAAUGUAUUUUGUAAAUGCUGGACUUUUUCAUUAAGAUCUUGUACAGAGUAGUAUUUUAUUAAAAUCUGAAAAGGAAGACUUGUAUGUGCAUAUUUUAUAGUUUCUUUUUUAAAAAAAGAACUUUAUCUGCUAAAUGAAAUGUUUUAAAUUGGCAUACAAAUUAAUAUGGGAGUGUAUUUUUGUGUUUAGUGUUGUGCAUUUUCAGAAUUAUAGCAUGUAAUGACACAAAAUACUGUGUGAAAGUAUUUUAAAAUACGAAUGUAAAAUAUACACUGAAGGAAUAAAUCAUCUGAAUCAAAUACUA